GUAAACGGUGAAAUCUUGCAGAUAGGAAAGUCUCUGCGAGCCGAUGAAGAGCCAUCACCAGAGCUGUCAGCUUAUAAGCUGAGCGCAGGUUUCGCGAUUGGAUUGAUAUGUCUCGGUUUAGGUGAUGAAAUAGCAGCUGCCAGGCCACCAUUCAAACAACCACUUCCUUCAAUUCCUGAUCGACUGCUGGCGUUGAUGCUUGGUGGUCCCAGAGGUAACCAGUGCGUAUUUAUACAUCCCCAACUAAUCACCUGUCCGGACGUCAAUACUGCAACUCCUACUCCACCGCAAGAAAGCCGCUCGAAUCAUGUCAGGAUUCCGAGCAUUAUUCACGAAUACGCUCAAACGGUGCUGAAGUUCCCUUCAAAAGUCGAGGUGGAUAUCACUGACAAGGAAAUGGCCUACUGGGACGAAGUUGUGGAUACAGUCGCGAAGGUUUAUAACUCAUCGCGUUCUACAGAGUAUAUGGUGCAGUUUAUUCUCAAUCAACUAGCUCACAUUUUAGAGUGCUCACAUGUGAAUCUAGAUCUUUCUUUAAAAUUUCUAUGUUAUAAAGUUCUUUUUUUCGAAUUUUCAUGUAAAACUUUGCAGGUCUACCUUUAUGCGAUGACGGCUGCGUGCUUCGCAAUGGCGCUCAAAAACCAGUGCGUAUUUAUACAUCCCCAACUAAUCACCUGUCCGGACGUCAAUACUGCAACUCCUACUCCACCGCAAGAAAGCCGCUCGAAUCAUGUCAGGGAGGGCCCGAACGUGAACGUACACAUGACAGCUCAUCCAGCCACCAUUGCCCUAGGAUUGAUGUACAUGCGAACGGGUAACACGGCGAUUGCGAGAGAACUGGAGUUACCUGCCACGAUAUCGAUGCUGGAGGAAAUUCGGCCUGACGUGAUUCCGAGCAUUAUUCACGAAUACGCUCAAACGGUGCUGAAGUUCCCUUCAAAAGUCGAGGUGGAUAUCACUGACAAGGAAAUGGCCUACUGGGACGAAGUUGUGGAUAGGGAGACAGUCGCGGAGGUCUACCUUUAUGCGAUGACGGCUGCGUGCUUCGCAAUGGCGCUCAAGUACAGCGGCACGAUAGGAGAAAAACAGGAGAAUGAGGAGAGAAUGCAGUUUUUGAUGCACGAUUUCAAUAUAGAAAGCAUUGACUGGCCAGCAAGACAUAUGAUACGAGCUGCAAACAGAAGCGUCGUGAACCUGUGCGCGGAUAUGAUGCUUUUGAGCAUGGCUAUACUGAAUGUUGGGCGCGGAAAGAUAGAGACAAUACGAUUUGCCCGUUAUCGUCGAUCGCAUGACUACGAGCUGUCCUAUUGGUCUCACCAUCCGUGGAAAUUUCAUGAAGAGAUGUCCGUACAUCGAGCGUUGGCGAUGCUCUUCCUCGGAGAGGGACGGUUAGUCGACAAACUACAAGAUUGGCAGUAG